AUGGUGUGCAGGUCUGGGUAUCAAGCAAAGGUUUGCAGCCGUGGCUCACCCGCAGGCGAACGGGCAAGUCGAGAGACGACCGGAGAAAGUCCGUUCUCGUUAGUAUACGGAUCGGAAGCUGUCAUACCAGUAGAAGUGGGAUUGCCGUCAAGUAGAAUUAUGAAUUUUCAAGAAACAGCUUAUAGCAUGCGCUUGCGCGAGGAGCAGGACUUGGUGAUGGAAAAGCAGCAGAGCGCGCGAGGGAGAAUGGAGCUUAGCAAAGCCAAAAUUAAUGCAGCCUAUGACAAGAAAGUAAGGCCGAGAGUUUUUCAAGUGGGGGACUUGGUCUUGAAACAGGUGGAUGCACUCAAGGCAGUAGGAAAACUAAUAGAGAAAUGGGAGGGUCCAUACAUGAUAGUAGCGGUGCUCGCAGGAGGAGCUUACAGGUUGGAAGAUAUGGAGGGAGCAAGGAAUAGGCCAUCUUUUUUGCUUGUUUAUCCCGCCUAG